CAACAAUCAUUAACCCCGUGUGAGCUGGAGGAAAGUCUAUUCUCCAGAACGCAUGCAAGCCAUAGGAAGCCAGAAUUGUGUCAUAUCCUUUAGACUUCACAGCAGCCUUUGGAUGGCACAGACCCAGUUUGUGUGUGCAAGGCAGGCUGGGUGUUGUUAACUCACAAAGGGAGGUGAUAGUGAAACCUCCUGUUCACACCAGAGCUGAGUGCCUGCUGGCUCAGGUUACAGGCAGAGAAAGGCACAUCUUAUUUGCCUCUACCUUGGGGUAUAACUCACAUCAUGCUCUCACUCACCCUCCUCUAGGACAGGACUGCUUGCCAAGUGUUUAUUAUUUCCCUGUGGAUUGCCAGCAAAACGAAAUCAAUGGAGUUCCAGAACGUAACAAAGCCUCAGUAUGAUCUGGUGGCCGUCCCAGAGAGCGGCGGAGCCAAAGUUUUUAAUGAUAUGGUGCAUUCUUAUCUUGACCUUGUGCAGCCAAACAAAUUCCCUUCUGAAAUACUUCAAAAGGCAAUCAAGAAGAGCGAAUAUGAUCCCAAAGAGAUUCUCACCUAUGAAGUGGGCUUCCUGGUUGCAGUGGCUAUUGGCUUGGUCUUCAUCAUCUUGAUGAUUCUGGUGGGUCUCUUCUUCCCUUGCUGCCGCUGCUGUGGCAACUGUGGUGGAAAGAUGUAUCAAAAGCAAACCAAGAGAAUUAACUGCAAGAGGAGAUUCCUUUAUGUAUUCCUCUUUGUGAUAACGCUCAUCAUUCUGGCUGGAAACAUUUGUGCUUUUUUCAGUAACAACAAAAUCACCAUCGCAGUGAAAAACACGUUUAAUUAUUAUAAUGACACAGUUUAUGUCCUGGAAAAUUAUAUUGAUUCAGUGCCAAAGCAAAUUGAUUUUAUUGUGAAAAAAAGUAAUAUUCCGAUCGACAAGGCCAACAACAGCGUUCAUGAUAUUGGACCCAUUCUCGGAGGGCAAAUUCAGAACGUCGUUGGGAAGGUAGCGAAUACAACGCUGGAUUCUGUAGAGAAUGUUGUUUAUGUGCUUAACGCCACUGUGAUCUAUAUGACGGCUGUGAACGAUUCCUUUAACGCCCUCCAAGUUGAGCAGCAAGCUAUCAGUCAGAAUAUCAGCGAUGUGAGGGAACGGAUCGGCAAAACGGUGGACAAGUGCAGACCUGAUUGUACUUUUUCCUCCGACGGACUGACUAUGGACGCUAACUUCAGUUCGAUACCAGACUUCAGCGAGCCGAUGAAAACGGUUAAGGACUUUUUGAAUUCAGGGAUUGAAUCUACGAUAGCGAAGGCACGCAAGACUUUGCAAGACAUCCCAGGGACCGUGACUAAUCAAACCAGGAAAACAGCGUCAGAUAUUCAAGACGAAUUGUUAAAUAUCAAACAAAAAAUCAAUGAGAUGGGUAGCCGCAUUUCUAUUGAUGAUUCGCUACAAACGGUGAAAAAGUAUUUUAACACCUCGAAUGAAUUUGUGGAUAAGAACCAGCAGAACGUUCAGCGUUACGAUUAUUACAGGUGGAUUGUGGGGAUCUGCCUCUGUUGUAUCGUGCUUCUGGUGGUCGUCUGCAACUUGUUUGGGUUAUUUUGUGGCCCCUGUGGUCACAGAGAGAAAGUAGACCCCACAGAACGAAGUUGUCUGUCUAACUCUGGAGGAAACUUCUUCAUGGCGGGGACCGGAUUCAGCUUUCUUUUUGCGUGGCUUCUGAUGCUAGUGGUGGGGGUGCUGUUCAUUGUUGGUGGAAAUUCCUACACGUUGGUCUGCAAACCCUGGAGCAAUAAACAGCUUUUUACGUUUCUUGAUACACAAGUGAACCUGAGUGAAACCUUAAACAUCAGUAAUGUCAACAUAUCAUCCAUAUACAGUGAUUGCCAAAAAGAUUAUUCCUUGUGGAAGACCCUGAACUUAAAGGAUAAAUUCAAUUUGGAUGAAUAUCUGAAUAUCAGCCAGUAUACAAGCGAUGUUAAAUCGACUAUUGAAAAAACAAAAAUCGACAUAACGAAUAUUAAGUUUUUGAGCGAUAGUCAGAAAGAGAAAGCGAGAAAUGCGUCAAAUUCGGGGAUAAAUGAACUCAAUUUCACACACAUCUCUCAGGAGAUGAAGAAAAACAUCACUAAAACAAACCUUAAAUCGUUUACAGCAUCUCUGAGGACCUUUGCAGAUAGUGUAACAAAUGCAAGUAUAAAAGAAGAACUGAGACGCGAGGCUGAUGACCUAGAUGCCAUCCAGUCAUCAAUAAACACUAAACUUCAGCCAGAAAUUGUAAAACUGAAUACCAGUAUCACUAAUCUGAAACAGAUAUCGGCAAAUCUGUCGGAAUCCAUGAACAAAGCCCUGGCGUCAACUGAUAACGCUCAAGUAUUUAUGGAUACGAAAAUAGCUGAUAUUGUAAAAAACGAGACAAAUAAUUUCCUGGACGCCUUGCUGAAGUACUUCCAGUCUUACGUUGACUGGGCUAAAUUAAUGAUCACACAGAAUGUAGGUCAGUGUGGGCCGGUUGCAGCUUCUUUUAACGUUGCACAGACUGUCCUCUGUAACUAUAUUGUUGACUCCCUGAAUGCAUUUUGGUUCAGUCUGGGCUGGUGUACGAUGUUCUUGAUUCCCAGCAUCAUCCUGUCGGUGAAGUUGGCCAAAUAUUACAGGCGGAUGAAGUCAUCAGAUGUAUUUGAGGAUCCCAACGAUCACCUAGAAAUGACGUCCACCUCACAGCAGUAUCUCAUUCCUCGAGUAACCGCAAAAGCGUAACGAGUCCAUCGUGCGCUCAGUGACAAGGCUACUAUGACAGCCUUCAUUUAUUCCGGGAUCAAUAUGGACAUUUUUAAUUCAUUAACUUUUCCAAACAGCAUAUUUGCAUUUAUAUAUAUAUAUAUAUA